CCCUGCCCCGUUUGAGGGUGGCGGCGCGCGCUUUGAGCUGCUACCGGCGCCCAGCCGCCAUCUUGCGUCCGCCGAGCGCGCGGCAGGCUCCAGGUUUUCCUUUUGUUUGGAUAUUUUUUAAGGCUGCUGGUAGAUAACACACACAAUUUGGUUUUUAAUCAUGAACUGUGGGAAUCAGUUUGUGGAAAGGCUCAAGGCAAUUGGUUAUCCAAAAGCUGCUGAGCUUAAUGGAGAAGACUUUGAUUGGCUGUUUGAGACCAUGGAAGAGAGGUCAUUUUUGGAGUGGUUCUGUGGAAAUGUGAAUGAGCAUCAUGUGCUAUCCGAAAAGGAACUGCAAGAUUUUAAAACUCUUCUUAAAUCUGGUAAACCUGUUUUAGAAGAAAAAGCUUUGGAUGAAGUUCUUAAAACUUGUAAGCCCUUGGAUUCAAAGGCCAAUAGCCAGGAAGAAGGAGAACUUCAGAAAUUAGAGGAUGAGUUGCAAGCUCUUCAAAAGAUGAAAAACCUAAAAAUUCAUCGUCGAAAUAAGCUUCAGAUGAUGGCUUCCAGCAACAGCCAUAUGUUACUAAAAUUGAAUGAUGAAGCAGAAGAAGCAGUUAAAACUUUGAAAGAGAAACAAGGAAUUCUCAGUGUGGCAAAUAAUAAAAUUAAUAAUGAGCUUCAGUCUCUUACUGAAGGAGUUAGGAAAUUGACUUCUUUCUUCACUGCUUCAGAUUCAGAACAAGGAAUAGGUUCUCAUCCAGUGUUUUUGUCCCAAUGUGCCUUGGAUGAAUAUUUGUGUCAGGAAGAACAAAGUACUGCAGCACUUACUGCCUACACAAAAAAACAGUUUUUUCAGGGUAUAUCUGAACUGGUUGAAAGUUCAAAGGAAGAAAACUUUCAACUUGUAGAUAUAAGCAACCCGUUCAUUUCUGAUGAGCAUAAUGAAGUUUGUGAGGACAGAUGCGAGAUGAUUAGGUUGCAGAUGGCAUAUAUUUGUGCCCAACAUCAGCUAAUUCAACUGAAAGCUAAUGACCUAAGUAUGAAUUCAGCUCUACAGUGGGCAGAUAACACUCUUCAAUCCAUAAAGAAUAAGAUUAUUGGAGAAGAAGAACACCUUGAGACUAGAAUCUCUAGCUUAAACAGUGAAAUUUCAUCAAUAAAAAAACAUCUGACUCAAAUAAACAAUGAAACUCUGCCUGCCCUCGUGAAGGAGAAUGCACAACUAUUGAAUAUGCCUGUGGUGAAAGGGGAUUUUGAUCUUCAGAUUGCUCGACAAGAUUACUAUACAUCAAUACAAGAUCGUGUAUGUGACCAACUGAUGAAACAGAAAGCAUCAUUUGAAUUUCUUCAGCUAGCUUAUGAAAUUGAAUUGAAGAAACAUCGUGAUAUCCAUCGUCACCUUGAAAAACUGAUACAAGAUCUGAAACAGCAUAGUAAAGCAUUGGAGCAGAGACUGGAGAUGAUGUCUGACCCUCUUAUAUCUCAGCAUACAUUGCCAAGGAACACGAUUGAUUCGAGGGAUGAUGCCUCUCACAGAUUAUACCAUCUCCUGGAAGGGGAGGAUCAGAAACAACAAUUGUUUAAAACACAUGAAGGUCUGGAACACGAGGCUCAGAAAUUAAAGCAGGACACUGUUUCAGUGCAAGAUCAAUUAGCAGUGUCUUCUCAAGAGCAGUCUCUUUUUCUGUCCAGUUUGGAUACUGCUUUAGAUACCCUUCAUGACUCUUUGUAUUGUGGUGGAAAUCAAAUCUUGCUUAGUAAUCGGGAGCUAACUGAGCAGUUUCAUAAUCUAGAAGUUCAUUUAAAUAAACUCAAUCAGCUUAUUAUGGAUCUUCUUGCUGAUGUGAAAGCCAAGAGAAAAAUUUUAGAGACCAAUUCACUGCUACAAUUGGAAAGAAAACUAUAUGUAUAUUUCUUUAAAGAUGAAGAUCAUUUGAAAGAAGUUGUGGAGAAUGUACAGCACCAGUCUAAGGCCCAAACUAUUGGUCUCUAGAGGAUUAAAUGCGAGAUGCCUGAAAAUGAAAUCAUAAACUGAUCUUCUGUUUUGACAUGGAAAUGAUUUAGUAUGGCUGUCUGUCUAUGAAUCUACAGCAUAAAAAACAAACUUUAGAUAAAUGAUUUGUCUAUCACUGUUACUGAGAACAAACAGCUGUUUUCACAGGUUUUUGAAAUACAGUUUUGGCAUACAGAUUCAAACCUUCAAACUGAAAUAUUAGAAGGAACAGGUUGAGUAUCUACAUGAGUUACUUCACAGAUUGAUUUUUGCUACACUGUUGCCUUUCACUAGGUUAUUGAGCAGAGCAAAAUGAAGACUCGUGAAUCCGUUUUUCCCCCUCCCUUUGCUUUCAGUCACCGUGAAAGAUUCUUCUUUUGCGAUCUGCAGAGUUAGUACAGAAGAAGUGUUUUAAAGGUUGGAACUUUUUAAGGUUGGAAUUUAAGGACUGAAUAUAGUAUAAUACUUCUGAAAUGCAAUUUUCCUAGGAGUAAAAUUUUAUAAUAACUUAUCUUUUAAACCUAAGAGACAGAUAUAACUAAAUGUUUGAGCAUAGAUCAGGAUGUAUGCAUCUCUCUCUCUUCCCAGACUGUCCAGAAUUCCCUGAGUUGUGUGCCUGCUCCUCCUCUUCAUUUGUGGUGGUGCAGACCCUUCAAGCACAAGAAUUUUGAAAUCUUCUUGACUAGGGUCUUUUUAGGGAUGUUUGGGUUCUGGCAGUUUAUUCUACAGCAAACUAUUUCCUUUUUGGCUUAGUCUGGAUUCUGUUAUGAUGUCUUUAAUCCUUUAAUAACACUGGCAGACAUAUUUUGAAAUUCUUGUGGGUGAUAUUUUUAUUGGACCAGCUAAAUGUUUCGGAUACACAGGCAAGGUUUUGGGUAGUUAGGGUACUGUGAUUGACAGGCAAGGUUUUGGGUAUCCUAACCAUGCAGUUGAUCCAAUAAAACAUAUUGCCUACAAAAAUUCUUGCUGCUUGCAUAUUUUCUGGACCAUCAUGGCAACAUCACUUCAGUGCUACCAUAGAGAGCCAAGACUUUUUCUGGUGACAUAUCUUUUACUCAACUAAUUGUGUAAUUGGGAGAGAUGUUAAACAAGCUUUCAGACACAAAGUGCCCUUCCUUUCAUACUGUACAGUUGAUCCAAUAAAAUGUGUUAUAAAAAAGCCUUGAUUGUAUAUUUCUUGGACCAUCACAGCUACAACUACUCUCAAACCCUACUUUCUGCCUAAGAUAUUAAAAAUAAGUAAAGAAAUGGGAGGGGGCACUUGGAAACAGCUGCAUUUUUUUUUUUUACUUGAAGGUAGGGGUGACUUUUUGUGUAUAUAUUCCAUCCUAUUGUGUUGAUUUAUAAGGUUCUUCAAGCACUGUCCUGCCAUACAGACUUGUUGGCUGUAAAAAGCUAACAUCAGGACUUGACUAUCUGAUGGACUAACUGCUGCUUAGCUAACAUAUUGGAGUCAUUAAUGGAAAGUUUUCUAGCAUGUUGGCAAUUAUUUGCCUAUGCUUCUCUCCAGCUUAGGUUAUCUAACUGACAGUCAAGUAUUUAAAAAGCCAAGAGAUUUGGUUUCUAAGUUUAAAAAUGGCGAAUAGAAAUAAAUGUUUGCAGAUCCUUGUUCAAAACCAUCUGUCUACAGUCAUGAAGUAGGAUGAAUAUUUCACUGCAAAGAAGGGAAAAUAUUGUCUGAUUGGUGAUAGAACCUUCCUUUGGAAAUAUCAGACAAAUGCAGGGUGAAAGGAGCCAGUGGUGGCAAAUGAGUAUGUAGAGGAACAUAUUGAAAUGCAGUUGUUAAAUUCCAGUUGAUAGCUUGAAUCUUUGAAAUACCAUAAGCUCUGAUGAUCUAGAUAUUUUUAGAGUUCAUUUUUAGCCUUGUGUACUGCUCAGAAUAAAAUGUGUAAUGUUUUGACUCUUAAUCUAUAGGUUUCAGCAAUAAAACUUUUUUUACUGACUCA